AUGCCCGACGAUUGGCACACUCCGCCCAGCGCGCCGCCGUCCGCUUCCUUGAAGCGCCCUGUCAGUCUGCAGCCGGCGAGCCCCCGUGCGGCGGGCGAAGGGCAGGCUGGCGGCACGCUGACCAAGCGGCCCGGCACCUCGGGUGGUGGCGGGGCCGCCAAGGGCCCCGCAAGCGGCUCUGUCAUGGCGCGCAAGGCGGCGGCCAGGCGGCCGACGGCUCGCUCGGGCGGCGGCGGCAAUGGGGCGGGCAUCCUGCGCUUCUACACUGAUGACGCGCCGGGCCUGAAAAUGUGA